UUCUUCACUCGCCCCUUCUCUCACCAAACGGCGCACACACCCACACGCAGAGACUCCCAGAGCGCAGAAGCCAAACCCUAAAGCCGCCGCCGCAACCAUGUCUCUCGUAGCGAACGAGGAGUUCCAGCAUAUUCUGCGUGUGAUGAACACCAACGUCGAUGGGAAGCAGAAGAUCAUGUUUGCUCUCACCUCUAUCAAAGGUAUCGGUCGCCGUCUCGCUAACAUCGUCUGCAAGAAGGCCGACGUCGACAUGAACAAGAGGGCUGGAGAGCUGUCUGCUCAGGAGAUUGAGAACCUGAUGCACAUUGUGGCAAAUCCCCGCCAGUUCAAGAUUCCUGACUGGUUUCUCAACAGAAAGAAAGACUACAAAGAUGGUAAAUAUUCCCAGGUUGUUGCCAAUGCCUUGGACAUGAAGCUCAGGGAUGAUCUCGAGAGGCUCAAGAAGAUCAGGAAUCACCGUGGUCUGCGUCACUACUGGGGCCUUCGUGUGCGUGGACAGCACACCAAGACCACUGGUCGCAGGGGUAAGACUGUUGGUGUGUCCAAGAAGCGUUGAAGAACAUGUUCUGGCUGUCUGGGAGGAUGCCAUGUUGUUGCUCUUUUUGUGUUAUUUAAAAUACCUUCUAGUUUAGCAUCUUCAGUCAAGUUAAGUUUUGGUGGAUUAAUUCAGAAUAUCUAGUUAUCGUCUAUCUAUUCCAUUUGACUGUUUGAUACUUUGUGUUUGAGGAUAGUACGGUAUGCAAUGGAAGUGGAUAAUUUUUAU